CUUCUCCGUUUUUGGAGCAAUCGUGAGUACGCUCAUUUGGCAAUGAAGUCUUUGCGUCGUACAACAUCAUGCCAGCAGGCUUCCUUGAGCGGAAAGCAAAGAUUCUCGCCGACUUAGCAAUACCUGACGCUCAGUAUCACGAUUCGUCCCCGAAAGGCACCGUAGACUCUGAGAUUAGAGAGCUCAUCUCCGACAUCAAUGCGUUACCAGAGUACGUGACGACCAGCAGCUGUGCCGGCCGUAUUACAGUCUACCUUGAAGGCUUCAAAGCCGCGAAAGGUGGCGGACGGUGGCUGUUCGCCUCGCACAGUCCGAUCAACAUUCCAAGAGAGGAAGGCAGCGUGUUCGAAAUGUUUGGCCUAGCAAGAUCGCCACUCUCUGUACCACCUCAAGCGACCAAUGCAAGGUUUGUGCAUCUCAAGUUUGAGCCGUUGGUAGGUCAAGGGUUUCAGCAUAGAGUUUCUAUGGAGAACGUAUCCGACCCGUUGUACCCAUCCUUAAGACAAGCUCUAUAUCAUGGACCAGCUGACACUCUUCGAGAUCUUGCAUAUUCUCACAGCCAAUCUCACGGCUGCGCAGCAUGCUGCUUCUGCUGCGCUAAUAGCAGGUUUCAGAGAGAGCGGUAUUACCGGCAUAACAACAGGCGGCGCCGAAACCUCGAGCACGCCAAUGGUCGCCGUUCGAAGCUCAGGCCUAGCCUUUGAUUGUGUUAUUGGCUUCGCCGACGACGUGGAGGGGUGCACUAUGCCAAUGGUGUCUGAGGCUUACCUACGAACCUUGGUCGAGGUGGCGAACCAGAGGUUUAGUACCAAUGCUGAGAGACGGCAGAGAUUCGCUACUGCGCUACUCAGACGCUGAUGCUAGGCGGCACAGGUUCGCUGCGCGCUGCCGAGACGCUGGUCCUUAAGCACACGCGCAACGUUGUAUACUAAUCAGUCAGGGAAGGCGACGUGGUAAAGGAUUCGACAAGCUGAGCAAGACAAACG